CGCACAUCCGCAAGCCGACCGCUGAGACCAAAACAGGAUGUAGCAUGUAAGCAUCAAGCUCGCAACAAGCGCGGCACUAGGAAAUUCGAGUCUCGGCAUCACCUCGUCUCGGCCUUUACCGGGGCCUGAUUUUUUUUUUUUCGCAUGCGCAGCCGUCGCGUACAUCGACAUUGCGCAGCUCUCGAUGGCACGGGCUGUCGCGGGAGCUGCCCGAGAGUGGACGCGUUGUCUCGACCCAGAUGGCGCCCAUCAUCGUCUCCGAGCCGCUUCUGCCAUCUUACGGCGCGUCCGCGCACACGAGCGGAUCCGACUAUGAUUGCAUCCAGGGCCUGACCCCCACCCGCCAGUCCACACGGCCGACCCGUCCAUCUGUGACCCACGUGGAGCGGUUCAAGAUUGAUAGCCAGCAUGCCACGCAAAGCUCACUCCCGGACGCGCCGCUCGACGGUCCCGGUGGUGAGGCUGGUCGGUUUCUCAGCCCUGAGGGCUCGUCCUGUCGUCGCAUCAAUACGGGCGAUUCUACCAUCUUGUCCAAGGACCACUCGGUCGCCACGUCCCGGAACGAGUCCGGCACUGAUUCUGAUGACGACGGUUGCUACCACUCACCCCGAGUAGCCUCAAAAUCGCCGCCGCCAUCGCCGCCACCGCCGCCACCACCGCCGGCCCGGCAUCCGCCCGCCGCGCACAUUGGCGGGCCGUUCCCAAUUCAGGGCUUGCGGAGGCAGGAUUCGGGCUCUUCCGAGUCCGAGUCGAGUGCGUCCGAUGAAGCAACAAGAAGCCUGAACAGCGGUGGCGGGCGGCCCUCAGAGCUAAGAAGAAUGAUCGAGGCUAAGCGGAGGAGCAUCCGGUUGUUGAGGCGUCGAAUGGCCGACAAGCGGCUGGAAAUGCGAGAACUCAGGCGCCGGAUGGACGACAUAGACGAUGCGUUGAUGCAGAUCAUCAGGCCUCGCCUCGCGUCCAAGGCCGCAGUCGUCCCCGCAGAUGUGCUCAUGGCGAGAUUCAAAGAGAUGCAAAAAAUCAGAGACGUUUACUACACGGCAGAGGACGCGUAUGAGGACAUGGAAUUCGACUUGACUACGGAGGAGGCUGCGCUGGAAAGACUAGAGGACCAACCACCUCGGUCUCCCCCCAACGGGCUAGAUGCCGUCCCGAAACCCCCGGCUACGGUACCACCGCCACCGCCGACAAUGAAGACGUCGGGUAUCGUUGUCUUCAACGAAUUGGGCGACUCCUCUGAUGAUGACGCGAAUAGUUCUGGCCCGCCAACCCCUGUCACCCUCUUCGGAAUAUCGGGACAGCUGCACGACGACGUCCACCCCUUGUACGAGGAGCUUCUGGAAGCGGCCGGUGAACGUCAGCUCGCCAAGGAGCACGUCGAGGACCUAGAAAUGCACCGAGAUAAGAUCCUUUACGACCUGGAGAUGCAACUCCACCGGAAACGAGUGCGCGAGAACCGAGGUAACCAAAUCAGUGAGGAGGACCUCCUCUUUCUGCGGUCUUCGCUCGCCCAAGUCCCCAGCGACGCCGCCGAAUUCGAGCAUCGCUUUGGCAUCAGCAUCACCGGAGACGAGCUCGAAUUCCUCCGUAGCUACCAAGUCGUCCACGACCGCGCCCUCCUGGAACUCGACUCGGCUACCGGAACCCUCGACCGCCUCCGCUCUCUCUGCCAAAAGAAGGGCGUCAUGCGCAAACACCCCUCCUACCACGAAGAAGUGGCCAUAUACUCAAGCUUCCCCGACUGGUCCCCCUCCCCGCAGGAUGGUAACAUGGCCAUCGAACCGCUGCCGACGCCACCUCCCAACCCUCCCCACUUGACAAGAACAAACGCCACAAGUGCUGCUAGCCUUAGUAGUUAUACACCUACUGCUACUACUACAACCGCUCCUAACGCGGCAGCUCCACCGUCCCUCGCCCACCCACGCUUCCCCGUCCUUCUUUCGAACCCUUCGCACGUGCUGGCUCUGCUCAGCCCGCUCCAAGCGCUCGAGCGCGCUCUGCGCCUGCCCAAGGACGACCCCUCGAGCGCGCUCCGCCGGGCUGAGUGCAUGAAGGAGCUGGGCAUCAGCACGCUCAUGACCAAGGCGGAGAACAAGGCCGACUACAUCAACCAGUGGCUGAUCCAUCGGCUGCGCACCAGCCCUCUCGAGGCCGAGCUCCUCCUGGCCGUAUGCGAGGGCACCUUUCGCGUCGUGAACCUGCGCCGCUGGCAGGAGGAGGUCCUGUAUUACUGGCGUCUGGACGAGGCGGCCAUCUCGCGCGCCGGGUGGGCAUCGUCGGGUGCGGAGCAGGAGGAGGAGGGGAAGGGCGGGUGGCCACCGGCGGCGGCCCGAGGGAGGAGGAGGAGCAAGACGAGUUGGAAAGAUCAGCAGCAGCAGCAUCCGCUUGUCGGCGGCGCGGUGGGUCCCCCACCUCUGCCGAUGAACGAGGACAAUGCUGUGUGCAGCGUCGCGGCCAACAGAGAGGGCAAUUCGGUCAUUGUGGAGGAGGGAAAAGUCCGAAGUGACGGAGGACUCGGGAUGCUGGGAAGCCCGGGAUUACAGGGCGGGAGGACAAGGUCGGUCAAGAGUUUCGGUUGAAGGAGGAGCGACAUCGGGGGCUCUUCCGGGAUUUGAUUCACGGAGCUCUGGGAGUUCCGCUAUGCGGUGCAUGACCGCCUUCUUUCUUUUCUUGGUCACUUUCCCUAGGUUCGACACUUUUCCCCCUGC